AAUAUGGACUCAUUAGGCGCCUCAGGUAUGAGCGCUUUCGGCAACGACCAGAAGACGCAGGUCAUGCGCCAAAUACAGCAGGAAGCAGCUAUGCAGAACGCGCGCAUGCUCGUCGAAAAACUCAACGAACACUGCUUUGAACGCUGCGUCCCCAAGCCUGGAACAUCCCUCUCCAAAGGCGAGGAAUCUUGCUUUACGGCGUGCAUGGACAAAUACAUGCAGGCGUGGAACACAGUAUCAAAGCAGUAUGUGGCUAGGAUACAAAAGGAGUCGCAGCAGGGUGGGAUGGGCAACACCUUUUAG